AAAUUUAUCUCAGAAAUAUUUAGAGCAAUUUUAUAUUAAUAUAAUAACUGGCUAAGUGAGUAUAAAAAGAAUAAGUAUUUUUUAUUAUCAGUAUAAUUUGAGAGCUCAGAUGAUACGAUGGAUCUUGAAAGUGUCUUAGAAGAAAUUGGUGAAUUUGGAAAAUAUCAGCAGAUUAAAUAUUAUUUAUUAUGUAUCCCGGUAUUUUUUGGAGCAGCAAAUAGUUUAUCAUAUGUGUUUACAGCCGGUCAUCAACAUUAUAGAUGUCUUAUCCCAGAAUGUGAAUCUACAGAAACUGCUGUGUUCAACGCAAAAUGGAUAACGCACGCAAUACCUGGAGAGAUUCAAUUAGAUGGAUUUUUUAAAAUUGAUCAUUGUAAUCGUUAUCGAUAUAAUGAUAAUGCAUCUCAAAUGCAGAGCAACAAAUAUGGAGAAAUAUGUUCUAUACAGUCAUUUUUAAAUGAAACAAUCAGAUGUGAUGAAUUUGUAUUUGAUCAUUCUGGCUCGUUUACUAUUCUCGAGGAAUUUAAAAUCACGUGUGAAGAAAAUGAAUGGAAACUAGCAUUUGUAGGCACUGCACAUUUUCUAGGUGUAAUUGUUGGAAGUUUAUGGAUGGUUUUAGGAGACAGUAUUGGACGUAAGAUUACUCUUAUAAUUUCAACAUUCUUCAUGUCUAUUACUGGUAUUAUACAGGCAUUGUCAACAAGCUAUGAAAUGUUUGUAGUAUCUGCAUUUUUAAAUGCUAUCGGAAUAUCGGGAAUCUUUCCAUUGGCAUUUGUUUUAGGCUUAGAAAUCGUUGGAAAAAAUAAGAGAGGUGUAGCUGGUAUUGUGUGUAAUUAUUUUUAUGCAAUUGGUGUUGCUGUUUUAGGAGUUAUUGCAUGGUUUUAUGACCAUUGGGUUAUGUUGCAGCUACUUAUUUCAAUUCCUCCUAUGAUAUUAUUCAUAUACAUAUGGAUAGUUCCAGAAAGUGUCAGAUGGCUUUUGUCAAAGAAACGUAAUUCGGAAGCACUGCAUAUAAUUAGAAAAGCUGCUAAAUGUAAUGGUGUUGAAUUGUCUGAUGCGAGUGUAAAAAUGUUUAUUGAUCAGGAUGCUUGUCAAUUUAAUAGUGAAAGAAAUCAAAGAAAAGAAAUUUUCGAAGCAUUAAUUAAAAUGAUAACAUCAAAGACAAUGUUAAUUCGAAUAAUUAUUUUGUUGUACAAUUUUGCAAUCAAUGCGCUCGUGUAUUUUGGACUUUCAUUAAAUUCAGUUACCCUUAGUGGUAAUAAAUACUUUAACUUCAUUCUUGUUAGUAUAGUUGAAAUUCCGGGUUACUAUUUUGGUUAUAUAAUUAUUGAAAAAUUUGGUCGCGUGGCUGGAUUUACAAUUUCAAUGAUUUUAUGUGGCAUCACAUGUAUAUUAUGCGGUUAUGCUGAUGUAGUAUGGAUACAAAUAGCUUUAUUUUUGAUAGGAAAAUUAGGAAUUACUUGUUCAUUCUCAAUCAUUUACGUUCAUGCUACAGAAAUGAUGCCAACUAUCAUAAGAUCUAGCUGCAUAGGAUUUUUUGCAACUAUGAGUCGCAUUGGUGCUUUGUUUAGUCCAUUUGCAAUAUUUGUUGAAAAAUAUUAUAAACCUCUUCCAUACAUUAUAUUUGGAGUAUUGGCCAUAUUUGGAGGAAUUAUUUAUGUUUAUUUGCCAGAAACUCUUAAUCGUAAAUUGCCAAACAUUGUUGAAGAAUCUAUAGCACUUGGAUCAAAAACAGACGAAGAUGAGUGUGAGGUUCCAUUAAAUCAUAAUAGGGUUGAAAAUAAAAACCUUAAUAUAAGAAAAAGCUCUGUUAAUGAAACAGUCAUUCGAUAAUUUAUGAAUUAAGAUACUUGAGGAAGUUUGCUUAUGAAAUUCAAUAAAACAAUUCAAAUUCAAAUUUUU